AUGGCGUUGCUUGUGGAGAAGACGUCGAGUGGCCGUGAGUACAAGGUCAAGGACAUGUCUCAGGCCGAUUUCGGCCGUCUCGAGAUCGAGCUCGCCGAGGUCGAAAUGCCUGGACUCGUCUCUUGCCGUACCGAAUUCGGUCCUUCUCAGCCACUUAAAGGAGCUAGAAUCACCGGAUCUCUCCACAUGACGAUCCAAACCGCCGUCCUCAUCGAAACCCUAACCGCCCUCGGCGCAGAGGUCAGAUGGUGCUCCUGCAACAUCUUCUCCACCCAGGACCACGCCGCCGCCGCGAUCGCCCGCGAUUCCGCCGCCGUGUUCGCCUGGAAAGGGGAGACUCUUCAGGAGUACUGGUGGUGCACGGAGAGAGCUCUCGAUUGGGGUCCAGGAGGCGGUCCCGAUCUGAUCGUCGACGACGGUGGCGACGCCACUCUCUUGAUCCACGAAGGAGUCAAGGCCGAGGAGAUCUUCGCCAAGACUGGUCAGUUCCCAGAUCCGACUUCCACCGACAACCCCGAGUUCCAGAUCGUGUUGUCGAUCAUCAAAGAUGGUCUUCAGGUUGAUCCCACGAAGUACCACAAGAUGAAGGAGAGACUAGUCGGUGUUUCCGAGGAGACGACCACUGGUGUCAAGAGGCUUUACCAGAUGCAGGAGACUGGAGCUCUCUUGUUCCCUGCCAUUAACGUCAACGACUCCGUCACCAAGAGCAAGUUCGACAACUUGUAUGGAUGUCGCCACUCUCUCCCUGACGGUCUCAUGAGAGCCACUGAUGUCAUGAUCGCCGGAAAGGUCGCUGUCAUCUGCGGUUACGGUGACGUCGGAAAGGGUUGUGCUGCGGCAAUGAAAACCGCUGGUGCCCGCGUGAUCGUGACAGAGAUUGACCCAAUCUGUGCCCUUCAGGCUCUCAUGGAAGGACUCCAAGUUCUCACCCUCGAGGACGUCGUCUCGGAAGCUGACAUCUUUGUCACCACCACCGGAAACAAAGACAUCAUCAUGGUCGACCACAUGAGGAAGAUGAAGAACAACGCCAUCGUCUGCAACAUCGGUCACUUCGACAACGAGAUCGACAUGCUCGGCCUCGAGACUUUCCCUGGUGUGAAACGCAUCACCAUCAAGCCUCAGACCGAUAGGUGGGUGUUCCCGGACACCAAGACCGGCAUCAUUGUGCUAGCCGAAGGUCGUCUGAUGAACUUGGGAUGCGCCACAGGACACCCGAGUUUCGUGAUGUCGUGCUCGUUCACCAACCAGGUGAUUGCGCAGCUCGAGCUAUGGAACGAGAAGUCGAGCGGGAAGUAUGAGAAGAAGGUUUAUGUUUUGCCUAAGCACUUGGACGAGAAGGUGGCUGCACUUCACUUGGGCAAGCUCGGUGCUAGACUCACCAAGCUUAGCAAGGACCAAUCUGACUACGUCAGCAUACCCAUUGAAGGUCCUUACAAGCCUGUUCACUACAGGUACUGA